AUGAAGAUGCAGAUGUUCAAUAUCAACUGGGGUCACCACAGAUGGGCCGUUUUCUUCUGUGCCGUUUCUAGCCUUGGUGCACUUUGCUAUGGGUACGAUCAGAUAUACUACACUGGUGUUUUGGGAAUGAAAAGAUUUGUGCACGACUACGGCACCACCCAUGACAAGGACGGCAACAUUGCAUUGACCACCACCUUUCUUUCCCUCACGGCGUCCAUCAUCUACGUGGGAGAGCUCGUCGGUGCUCUUCUGUCUGCCCCAAUCAAUGAUUUCUUCGGCAGAAAGGGCGUCUUUCUUUGUGCUUCGGCUUGUAUCAUUGCAGGAGCCAUCACUCAAUGUGCCGAUCAAGGCUCCAUGGGAGUCAUCUGCUUGGGCCGCAUCCUGAUCGGCCUCGGUAUCGGUCAGUUUACGGUGACUUGCCUCCUGUAUAUCGGGGAGGUCGCGCCGCAGGCAAUUCGGGGUCCCGCCUUGAUGAUGUUCCAAUUCAUGCAGUCCUGCUCACAACUUGUUGGGUCGGGGAUCACGCAGGGCACAGAAACCAUUACCACGACUGCUUCAUACCGAAUUCCCAUGGGGUUACUCGCUCUACUGCCUCUACUUAUGCUCGUGGGCCUGAUCUUCAUCCCGGAGUCCCCCGUCUGGUACAUCCGACGAGGUCGACCAGAAAAAGCUGCCACGGCGCUUUUGAAAAUCAACCGCAGCAUGCCAGGAUACAGUCCUGAAGAAGACAUCACAGCAUUUACGCACAUGGUCGAAACCGAACGACUUCGGGAGGCGAACUCAUCCUGGAUGUCACUGUUGAGGGACCCCAUCGAACGACGAAAGCUCAUAUACUCGUGUGGUGCAAUGGUGGCUCAGCAAAUCAACGGCAUCCAGUUCUUCUAUUCAUAUGGUGUGGUCUUUGCACAGUCUAUUGGCAUCAAGCAAGCAUUCACUAUUUCUCUCAUCACCAAUACGCUCCAAGUUAUCGCGGUGGGCGUGUCAGUACUGCUGGGCAACAAGGUGCGCCGGCGCUCGAACCUGCUGGUCACCACUAUCAUGAUGCUUCUGGCCUAUAUAAUCAUUGGAGGAUUGGGGGCUGGGCCUUACACGAAGACCAGUUUCAGCACGACCAUCGUCGUCAUCUCGUAUAUUGUCAUUGUGGCAUUCAACUUCGGUCACGGCCCUCUGGCAUUCACCAUCGCGUCUGAAAUGGCCGUGGGACGCAAUCGCAAUAAGAUCAUGAGUUCCUCGAUUGUCUCAUUCUUCUUCACCGUCUGGGUUAUUGCCUUUACAAGCCCUUAUAUCUACUACAAUGGCGGAUUGGGCCCCAUGUUGGGGUUCGUGUAUGCAGGGACCACAUGCAUCACGCUCGCGUACGUGUGGUUCUGCGUGGGCGAGACCACCGGACGCAGUCAUCUAGAGAUUGAGCUGUUCUUCCAAAAGUACAUUCCUGUCCGCAAGUGGCGCAAGCAUCAAUUCGACACCCUCGACAUCGUCCACGAGGAGGCUCGUGGUGCAGUGGUUGAAGAGGUGCCACAGGAAAGUGUUGGCGGCCAAACACUGAUCGAGAAGAGUGCCAUCGAGACCGCAACGGAAAGAGAACUCGCCAGCCCGAGUAGUGGCCACAGCAGCGGCAGCGUCGCUCUGAAAGAGAAGGAGCAGCAUGUCUGA